CGGAUGUGUUGCAGUGCAUUGAGUGGAGCUUGAAGCCGUUUCCGGCUCCCUGUCGGUACUGUGUCGGUGCUGUCCGGUCCAGUGUUCUGUCAGCCCAGCGUCCAGCACAGUGUGGCCGGCUGUCGGUGUCUGCGAGGCGGACGGAGCUCCGUGACGUCUCCGGGACAAAGGCGGGAAAAUGGCGAAGACGUACGACUAUCUGUUCAAGCUGCUGCUGAUCGGGGACAGCGGCGUCGGGAAGACCUGCCUGCUGUUCCGGUUCAGCGAGGACGCCUUCAACACCACCUUCAUCUCCACCAUCGGAAUUGAUUUUAAAAUCAGAACGAUCGAACUCGACGGGAAGAAAAUCAAACUGCAGAUAUGGGACACCGCGGGUCAGGAGAGGUUCCGGACAAUCACCACAGCCUAUUACAGAGGAGCCAUGGGCAUCAUGCUGGUCUAUGACAUCACUAACGAGAAGUCCUUUGAUAACAUCAGGAACUGGAUACGAAACAUCGAGGAGGUACACCACACCCCUCUGACAUCACAUGACGUCAUGUGAUGUCACAACAUGACGUCAUCAGACUGUAUAAAGAUGGACAACGUGUGUCCUCAUGGACAGAAGUGAAGACAUCCUGAUACAGACGCCACCGUGUGGCCAGAACGAGACCAGAACUAUUGAUCUCUAUUGACUUCUAUUGAUUUGUAUUGAUCUCUAUUG